GGGGUAGUGCCGAACCAAUUUUCCAUCUGUAGCAGUUCCAUGUCGCCAGAGAUUAUGAUCACUCAGGUAAAUCCUCCGUUACCGCCACUCUUUAUUGCGUUUAAAAGUAUUAUUUCAUCUUCAAGCCUAAAAUUUGUUGCCAUACUACCAUCCAAGCGGUCUACCCGUUACAGUACGCCUUCAAGUUAAAAACAGCCAACGAAGCUAUAUGUGGUCGGCUCAGUAGACAAGCAUUGUCGAUUAGUUACCAGCUACUGUCGGGCCAAAUCUGUACUAUUUGUUGGCUAAAUAUGCCUGACUGCUGGCUUCAUGGCCCAACAUGGAGUUCCCUGAAUUGCCAAUUUAGUUCAAAUCAAUUAUGGAGAAACACUAACCUUUUAGGACUUCUCAUAUGCUUGCAUGAGUAUUCGGAUUGUUUACAUCAAUUGUCGAAUACUCCUUUUAAAUUUGAUAGUGAGUCUAUUACAGCUCAUACACCUUUAGUAACAUCCACUGUCAACAUGACCCCGAUUUCUAACUGUCCACUCUUAGAGCAUAGUAAGAUAGAGUUCAAUUCUUCAAAAUCAGAUCAAUCCACUUACUUGCUUCAAUCAAAAUUAAUGAGCUCAUUCGACAUAAAUUUCAAGAAAACCAGUUUAUGUGAUAAUCAACAAAAUAACAAUGUAAAAUCUCUUUCCACAUCUAUUGAUAACGUAUUAUUUCCAAGUAUGAAAAAUGAGAGCACUGAUCAAACGUCUAUGAAUAUUAAAUCAUCUGAUAAAGAUUUUAUAGUAGAUCCUAUUACCACUAUAUCUACAGAUCAGUUAUUGUCAAAAGUUAUCGAAAUCCUUAAUCCUAAACAAGUUGAUUGGUUAAACAACUCACCAGUUGGAAAAUCAUCAUCACGAUCUUUAAUUCAUCGUGUACAUAGUGAUGCUGUGUUAGAUAGAAAAAUAAGUAAAUCUUGUAAAUAUUUAGCGAAGGAAAAUGAUUAUACUACUCGGACUACUACCAAUCCACCUAUAUAUCAUCGUUCACGUUUUCAUUCCAGUUCAAAUUCAUCUACUUUGUCAUGUUUAAAUAUUGAUGAUAAUGAAGGUUUUGAGUACGAUGAUAUUAUUUCUAUCUAUGCAACUAAAGAUGAAGUAAUGAGAAACAUUAACAAAAAUCAAAUGACUAUAAAACAUAUUCAUGGUGAUAACAAUGAUGAAGAUGACGGUGAUGAUGUUCUCAUUGAUGAGAACAAUGAAGAUAUGGACGACAAUAUUCUUCGACAACUCGACACAUUAUCUUCUCUUCUUAACAAUAAGUCUGAUAAUUUCUUUCAAGGUCAAUCAAGUGAAAUUUCAUCAGAUUUAAACAAAAGUACAUAUAUUGCGAAUGCACCUGAUGACGUAUUAAUAUCAUUCUCAUCACCGUCAUCGUCACCGGGAAUUAAUAAAAAUCCUAAUAAUUUAUUACUUAGCAGUAAUUCCGAUGCAAUAAAAUUCACUGAUCUUACACAAAAAACUGUUGUACUCACAGAUGAGUUAAACAAACUAGGUGUUACACUUGAUCGUUUAUUGUAUAAACUACAAGCUAAUCAAAUUCAGUUGGAUCAAGCUGAAGAUAAUUUAGAUUAUAUGUGGUAUUUAAGAGAUAAUUUAGAUAAUAAUUUUUCUUCAAACACAUCUGAUUGUUGUUCUGAGUUUGGUUUAAGUGAUGUCGAAGCAGAAGCUUUACUAAAUGAUGAUGGUGAUGUUGAUUUAGAUGAAAAUGGCAGUGAUGAUAAUGAAUAUAAAGGGACGGAUGAUGAUUAUUGGUCAUCACAUGGUAGAAUGACACAAUCAUCUAUUCAUCCAAAUGAUUACUGUCCUAUCCGUGGUGUUUCUGGUUAUUUGUUCAGUUCACAUGGAACACUUGAUAGUUCUCAUUAUUCUAAUUUAAAAAUCUCAAGUGAUAUUUGUAAUCAUCAUUCAUCAAAUUUGGAUUCAGGGUUAGAACAAUCAGUUAUGACAUGUUCUGAAUCAUAUGCGCAAAUGUUCUCACCAAUGCCAGAAAAACAUUUAGAAAAUUCUCUUGAUCAUCACUUUUUAUAUAAUAGAUAUUUAUCAAAUUCUCAAGUCUUUAAAAAUUACUCACAUUCACUUUCAAAGUAUUCACGUUUUAAAAAACGAUGUAAUUAUAGUCAAAGGAAACGAAUGUGUAAUAGUGAGAGUAAUCGUUUUUCUACAAAUGUUCUUCCUGAUUCUGAUGGUUUUCUACAUCCAGAUUGUCAACUUGUAAUGUAUGUUAUAUUUGUACCACUGAGAUUCUAAUCAAGACAUUGUUUUGUUAAUAAUGAUGUAAUUUGGUCAUUGUACGGUGAUUUGAGCGGAAUAAUUUAUACGACACAUGACCCUGGACUCACAUCUACUAAGCAGUUAUAUAUACAUAAUGUUCGGCAGUGUUUUGGAAAAUAGUCAAUAAUAAUUUAAUCUAUAGACUAACCCGGAUCUACCGUAUCAUUUUAAUAAGCAAAUUAAGCUUUCAUGUGGUCAAUUGGACUAUGAAAACCUCCACAUAUCAGGGGAAGCACGGCAUACAAUGAACAGUUUGGAUACAACUAGACUAUUUGCACUUCACAGAUCACUUAGCUUUUCUAUCCCAUAUAUAACAAACAAAUGCAGCCGAAGACAGCCAGUUUAUCAGCAGCCUCUGCAGUGGUAGGUUUGAACUACAACAUGGAGAACACCAACUGAAUCACACUUGAUGAAGAAGCUCUGGAACAGGUGGAGAAGUUUACGUACUUGGGCAGCGGCAUCAUCGAUGAACGUGGAGGAUCGGAUGCGGACGUAAAGACAAGGAUCGGUAAAGCAAGGGCAACAUUCUUACAGUUGAAGAAUAUAUGGAACUCUAGGGACUUUAGGCGAAAAUAAGUAUCGAUAAACGUAACUCAAUUAUAAAAUAGUAUUUGAAAGUUUAGUGAACGAAAUGUGAACCUUUGUUGUGAUAUUUAGGAAAAUUGUAAACAGUAAUUUGAAAGCGCCAAAUUGUUAAUUGGUGUAUGUUUAGUAGGAAGUUAACAACUGUCAAUAGCUUGUUUAAUGAACCUGAAAGGAAAUCUUCAAAAUUUCGUGAGUAACACUUCAAAUUCAUUGCAAUGUUUAACUAAAGUUUGAUAAAAUCUCAAUACUGAACUCAGUUUUUGUUAUUCUCUUUUAAAUGCACUGAUAUUCUAUAAAGAGUGUUCAUAUAUAUUUUAUAUUAAGUCAUUAACCGGAAGAAAUGUGGUCG